AUGUUUCCAAGCGAAGGAUAUUUCUUUCUCAAAUCUCAAAAGACGGGUCUGGUUUUGGACACUAACGGCGAAAACGAGGCUGGUUCUAAGCUUGUCAUCAGACCCAAGGGCGACGAAUCUCAAGUGGAAAAUCAACUGUGGUCCUUUGAGCAAGGCUAUUUGAUUUCAAAAAAGACUUCACUCGUUGUGGGCAUUGAGGGAGGCGAUUUGAGGUCUGACAAGAGAGUGUUGCAGUUUGACCGCAAGAAGACCAUGGCUCAUAACCAAAGAUGGGGAAUUCGUGAUGGAUUUGUCUAUCCAGUUGCUGAUCCUCGGCUUGUACUCGACACCAAGGAGGACAGUGGCUCUCCAGUUACCGUUAGUUACCGCAGAACAGAAGACAGUGAUCUCCAGCAAUGGUACUUGGAACGAUUCGAAGGAGACUACUAA